AUGUUCCUUCUUUCUUUAAUGUUUCAUUUUAGUCCGCUUCUUUUUGUUUAUUCCAUUUUGUUAUCUUUUUUUCUUUGCUUUCGUUUGUUUGCUUAUCUACUUCACUCUCUCUCUCUCUCUCUCUCUCUCUCUCUCUCUCUCUCUCUCUCUCUCUCUCUCAAUUACCUGGCAAGAAACGCGUUUCAAUCUCUCCGCCAAAAUAUUUCCAUUACCAUCGAGGGAAUUUCCGUAGAAAUUCAAAUGAGCCAACCACCAUCAACCGACCUCUCCACCACUGCCCAUUUCAUUUCGCACCACUCAACCCCACUCCUUCUUAACAACAAGAAUAAAACACAAACCAUCUUAGAAUUUGGAACCGAAAUCUAUCUAUCUAUCUAUCUAUCUAUCUAUCUAUCUAUCUAUCUAUCUAUCUAUCUAUCUAUCUAUCUAAGCUUGAUCAUUAUCUAUCUAUCUAUCUAUCUAUCUAUCUAUCUAUCUAUCUGCGAAGUGACUGAGCGUCUCUUCGCCAUCAACCUGUCAGCAUUGAUUAGAACAUUUUUUAGAAAUGAUUUGCUUAUUCUUUUCUUCCGUCUUUCCUUUACAAGCCAGAAAAAUCACCUGCUUCUUGCAAUCUGUUUUCAAAUCAUCUUUUGUGACAAGAUCAUUCUUCUGAAGUGUCUCAAAUUGGCCUCAUAUCCUGCAGAUAUUCAGCUAAAUAUUUGGACACUGCAGUCCCAGGAUCGAAUCCCCCCCCCAAGCAAUAACUCUUCAUCGAGAUUGGAUGAGGAUCAUUAUCUGGCGCCUGUGGCAUCUAUGGGUGAGACUAAUCUAUCUAUCUAUCUAUCUAUCUAUCUAUCUAUCAGAGUUUAA